GUGUCAUACAGCAACGUGCACCGGAAGAAUCGUGGGUGUUCAGGAAGCAGGUCACUAUCGUCAAACUUCAUCUGCAAAAAGGAAGAGGCUUCUGUGUCUACAGUGAGCUUCUGCUUCUUCCUGCUUUCACCAGAGUUCUACACCAGUGAUGCAUGAGACUGUGCUGCGUGUGCUGGCGGUGGCCUUCGCUCUCCUGAUGUCCCCCAGAGACAAUCCUGGGCAGACAGAAAAGGAUGGCAUCAUCUUACAGACACACCAAGAGAGGGUGAUGAGAGACACAGCGUGGUUAGACACGGAGGAGGAGGUCUCCUCUAGCCUCGAUGUGCCGCUGAGUAUAGCUCCAAGGUUUGACAAGCAGCUCAAAGAAAUCCAGGAGAAGGAGAAGUGUUUAACCACUGAAAAGGCGAUCAGACCUCAUGAUAAAUUCAAACUUGUUGACAAAAAUCAAACCGAACCGCAAGUUAAGAAGGACUCGGAUGGAAAUCAGGAAGAGCAGACGUUCCAGAACCAAGGUUCCGAGGGUUGGGGGCGAGAUCUCCUCUGGUGCAUGUGGAACAUAUUCUCCUUUAUAUCUGCUCUUCACUGCCUUGGGAAAUAUUUACAGAGCAAAUCCAUGGUGUGGCCCUUCUGCGCUGACAAGGUCCGACUACCGGACCACGACGCACUGCUGCGUUUUCAUUCCAAACAUCUUCAUCAGAAGAAUCUAUGGGAGGAGGAAUUCCUGGAUGGAUUCGCGAAUGACCUGCUGGCCUCUACAAGGGUGGUCUGUGAGCGACAGGGUGGGAUGUCAAUUCAGGACUUCAGGUUUACCAAUGUCUCUGAUGUCAUGGUGCCACUCAUCCCACUUGAGCCCCACAAGAUCCAGUGUCUGCUCAGGAAAGAUGAAACUAGCAUGCAGCCUUGUGGCCAAGUGAAAAUGCUGGCGAAUGAAAGCUGUUACUGUCAGUCUUCGGAUGCAGACGACGAUACGGUUUGCCUUCUCCACGGCGAAACAGGAAACACCACAAGGGCCGACAGCUUUGCUCAUUUGUGCGUGAAGAACAGCAGCUUUCUUUCAAAGUCGCAGACGCUCCGAUGGUUUCGAGGCACGUUGAAACAGGCGUGGGCUCAAAUUUCACACAAGUACGACUUUAAGGUGACCAUCAAUUACUUGGACACUCCAUGUUCUCUGGUGAUACUGUUUAAAUCUGGCAGGAAAUUGAGUCUCAAACUGAACCCAGUUGUCAGGUUAAGCUGCUACGCCCAUCUGUGCAUCACUGACUUCCCUGAGAACUCGGACUCGCUGUGGACGCUGUCGCUCGACGGCUAUGAAGACACCCUGCUGGAUUACUUCUCUCAGCAACUUCCUGAUGAAGCGUGUCACAUGCAAGCGCUUGAAAUCGCUCGCUUCCUCCACCGCAGACAGGUGGCCGUGACAGGCGUGUGCGCGCUGACGGAUCAGCACUUCAAAACCGUACUGAUUCACAUUCUUUUCAGAACAAAGCCCUCACAGUGGCAGUCCAACCAAAUCGCUUCCAGACUGCGAGACUUGCUGGUCUUUUUGGAGGAGUCGCUUCAGACCAAGUCACUGCAUCACGCUGUCGUUGGUAACCGCUCGGCUCAUGGCGCUCCUCAACUUCCUGCUCAGCUGACUCUAGCCAAGUCAGUGAAUCUCUUCCAUCCGCUGGUGGCGCACGAGUGCAUCUACAGACACACCCUGUCACACUACAGGGAGAUUCUUCAGAACUCACACAUGCUCAUUCUAGAUUAUGUGGGUGGGAGAUAUUUCUCACAGUGCGGACUGAACCCAAAAAUAUAGAUCGCUUUUAUUCCUGGCCUUUUUGUUGACACAAUAUAUUUUGCAACAUAGAUUCGAUUAUACAGCAUACAGUCAAAUAUGCGUAACAAUGACCAUGUACAGUUUGGAUGUGAUAUGU